AUGACGAUACAUGGCUCAGAACCAGAAUUACCGUCAAUCGUCCUUUAUUCGCACAUGGAUGUCGUGCCCACCUCGAAGGACAAAUGGACAUAUCCGCCAUACUCAGGGCAUAAAGACAAGAACGGCUACAUAUAUGGCAGAGGAGCACAGGAUAUGAAGUGUGUAGGAUCCCAGUACAUUGAAGCAAUUCGAAGACAUUUUUCUGCUGACAAAAGGCAAUGGAGAAGAACUAUACAUCUAGUCUACGGCUCAGAGGAAGAAAAUGGCUCGGUAGACGGCAUGGCAGCGUUUGUAAAAACACGGGAAUUCAAAGACCUUAAUGUCGGCUUCUGGUUGGACGAAGGGCAAGCCAGCGAGACUGCAGUCUACAAGGUCUUCUACGCGGAAAAGAAUCAAUGGUGUAAGUUAGACCAGCAAUUAUACCCCUUAUCCCCAAGACUGUACGGUAACUACAGCUAA